AUGGAGCAGGUGACCGAAUUCAUCUUAAUUGGCUUCCAGCUUCCAAGGCCCUUGGAGAUCUUCCUGUUUGCAGUGCUUCUUGUCAUCUUCCUGUUAACAUUAGCUGGGAACAUCAUGAUCAUCACACUGGUAUGCUUGAACCAGCACCUCCAAACCCCCAUGUAUUUUUUCCUCUGCAACCUCUCCCUCUUGAAGGUCCUCUUUGUCUUGUCAAUCACCCCCAAGAUGCUGGUGAACCUGGUUUCCAUGAAGAAAGCCAUUUCCUUUUUGGGCUGUGUGGCUCAGUGCUAUUUCUAUUUCUUCCUCGGAACCACUGAGUUCAUCCUCAUAGCUGUGAUGUCCUUUGACCAUUACAUCGCCAUCUGCAACCCACUUCGCUACACCAUCAUCAUGAAUGGAUGGGUCUGCACCUGUCUGGUGCCACCUGGCUGGAUGGGUGGCUUCCUUUCCACCAUUGGUCCUAUCAUUUUGCUCUCCUGCCUAUCCUUCUGUGACUCUAAUAUCAUAGACCAUUUCUUCUGUGACUAUACCCCAAUGAUAAAGCUUUCUUGCAAUGAUGUGCAUUUCAUCCUGCUUCUGGAGUCUGUCCUGUCCUCAGUGGUGCUCCUCAGCUCUUUGUGUGCCACUUGCAUCUCCUAUCUCUACAUUAUUGUCACCAUCUGGCGCAUGCACUCCACCAAAGGUCGACAGAGAACAUUUUCCACCUGUGCUUCUCACAUCACGGUCACCUCCAUCUUUUACAGGAGUGCAAUCUUCAUGUACUCUUUGCCCAGCCAGGGACACUCUCGGGAUGUCCAGAAGUCAGUUGCAGUCCUUACCGCAGUGGUUACGCCGUUAUUGAACCCUUUUAUUUAUACUCUAAGGAAUGAGAAGGUCAAGGAGGCAUUAAAAGACUCUAAGUAG